AUGCUGGAUGCCACCCUGGGGAUCGCAACGCUGGUCAUCGCGUGCGCCGUGUUCCUCGUGCUCGGUUUGACAUACGCCUGGCGUCGUCGCCGGCAGAGCGUCGAGGACUACACCACUUCCCGCAACCACGCCCCGGUGAACGUGGGCGUCGCGACGCUGGUCGCCUCCAUGUUCGGCACCUGGGUGCUCCUCAGCCCCGGGGAGUCGGGAGCAAACUUCGGCAUCAUUUCCCUGGUGGGUUACGCCCUGGGCAUGGCCGGAAUUCCGGUGAUGUUCAUGUUCGUGGGGCCCCGCAUCCGCCAACUGAUGCCCAACGGCCACUCCGUUACUGAGUACGUGCGCCACCGUUUUGGCCUGGUUCCGUUUGUCGCCAUCUUCGUGGUCAUCAUAUUCGUGAUCGGCAUCUUCAUCACCGCGGAGAUGACCGCCAUCACUGCCGCGGUGAGCAUCCUCACCGGAUCGCCGGCUUGGGCGACCGCGGUUGCCGUCGGCGUGGUGGUGAUCGCCUACACUGCCUACGGCGGGCUGCGGGUAUCCAUCUUCACGGACCGCAUCCAGUUCUGGAUCCUCAUCCCUGUGCUGCUGCUGCUGGUCAUAGUCGCCGCCGUGCUGGUGGGCGGGUCCGGAGCCUGGGGGGCGGCCCGCGAGACCGGCCUAUUGUCCGUGACGACGCCAGGCAGCUACUUCUUUGCCAUUGUGCUGAUCAUCGGCAUCAUAGCGUCCAACGCGUUCCAUCCCGGGAUGUGGCAGCGGGUGUACACCGUGGAGAGCCAGGCGGCCCUGAACCGCAGCCUGUGGGGCGCGGCCGGCAUCGCGAUUCCGCUGACCUUCCUGAUGGGCAUGGCGGGCAUUGCCGCCGUCGGAAACGGGUCCGUGGGGCCUUUCCAGUACCCCGAGGUCGCCGCGGCCAUGUUCACGCUCGCCGCCGACGUGUUUCCCCUGUGGAUGCACUUCCUGAUCCUCAUCUGCGCCCUCAUGCUCGCCAUGAGCACCCUGGACACGCUGAUGAAUGGCCUGGCCAGCGGCAUGGCCGCAGACCUGGCCGGGGUUGGUCUGGAAAGAGGGAUGCUCAUGAAUCUGGCGCGCGCCGUUACCGUGAUCGUCGCCAUACCUGCCAUCAUCGUCGCUUCCCAGGGACACAGCGUGCUGUACGUUUUCCUGAUCGCCGACCUGCUCGGCGCGGCGAUCGCGGUUCCGAUGCUGGUGGGCCUGUAUUCCAGCCGGAUGCCGGGCUGGGGCGUGUUGCUGGCCGGGGCCGUCGGGAUCGUCAUCGGCGCGCUGUUCUAUCCCAAGCCGGACCUGCUCUCGCCCUGGGCGCUCACCGCGCCUACUGGCGGGCAGAUGUUCUGGGCGUUCGCAUCGGCCCUGGUGGUUUCGUCCGUGAUCUCCGCGGUUGUGGUCCUGGGGCAGCGGCUCGUUGCGCCCGACAGCGAGUACGACUUCGCCAUCCUGAACUCCGACGUCGAACUGAUCGAUGAGCCCUCUCCAGCGGACGACUGA